AUGGAUAACAUUACUCCUACGAAGCCGAAGGUUUUAACAGUUUCUGCGAGUCAGUUAUUGUUGAGGGACAUUAAGGACUCUUAUGAUUGGUUGGCAAGCCGGAAGUCGGUGGAUGUUCGAUCACUGAAGGCAUUUGAGAAGAUGCUUGUCAACGGCAUCGAAUUAAUUAAGUCGAGUCUUAACAACGUGAAUGCAACGAUUGAAACUAAAGCGAAAAAGAAAAUCAAGGCCGAAGAAGAGCACCAAGAAUUCAUAAAGAUAUUAGAGCAAUGCCAGCAAGACCAACAAACACAGUUAGUCCAAUUAAACAAGCAACUGCAGAUCGGGCUACAACAUUCAGACCACUUGGCCACCAAAUAUCAAGACCGGUGGUCCGUUGGACCGAUCAUUGUUAAUAAGCUACGGGAAUGCGAACACCUAACAGCGCUUGCCUGCCAGGAUUUUCUUGAAGGUCUUGAAUAA